CUGAGCUCAGUUUGGCGGCAAAACUUGGCAUUGACAGUUUAGUUUUUUUAUUCAUUUUUUUUAUGACUUACAUCUUGUGAGAAAUGAGCUUGGUUGUGUGAUUUUUAUGUGUUCUUUGGUUUUAAAAGUUAAAAUGGUUGUGAAAUCGUUGUUUUUCUUGUGUCUACUUUCAUUGGGUUAUGGCUCCGUGAUCAUCCCGGAGGAGUUACCCUCGCUGCUAUCCGUGGCAUACUCCAAUAUCCCACCAAUCAAGAAAGGAACGGACUCGAGAGUCGGGUUCGGCUUCGCAUUCGGCAACCAUGCUGACUUGCAGGUGAUGUUCGAGUUGGGGCCGCAGACCAACACUGCUCCGCUUACUGGAAACGCGGGCAGCAGCAACGCGAAGCGGCAAGCACCGACGCCUCCCAAGCUCACUAAAAACAGGGAAAAGCUCCUUCAAACUGAAGCUGGUAGCUACCUCCAAAACUGGGCAUCAGCCAUGCGGCGUCCCGGACGACCGCUGCAAGCAUCCACCGAGCUGCCGAGCCUCGAGGACUCCGUGGUGGAGCUGGUGAAGAACAGCAAGGGGGAGUACGAGAUACACCAGCCCAGACCAGACCAUAUCCCAGUGGAGGUGAUGGACGAACUGAAAAUACUAUACGGGCAGAAGAAAGAAGAAGCCAAGAAGAUGACGCAGAAAGCUAAAGAAAAGAAGAGAAGCGACGCAGAAGUCAAGAAGAUUACAGAAGACUUGUCCAAUGUAGAUUUAGAUUAGUGUUUUGUAAAAGGAAGGGAGUUCUACCAAGGAAAAUAGUGAU